AUGGGCUGGGUGUGUGCGUGUGUGUCGCGAUCUCGUCGAGGUGUCCUCGACUAUUCGACGUCAUCUCGCGCCGUCUGCGGCCCGGCGACUGCGUCUUGGCGACUGGGAAGACGCAGCCUGAUUGGCCGGCCUGACGGAGCUGGCGAGCUCGAGGCCGGCACGACGCAGCGCUGGCUCGAGGCCGGUUGCACGUCCAUUGGGCCGAUUGAGCCGUCGGCCCGGCCCGUUCCGGUCCGGUCCGGUCCGGUCCGGUCCGGUCCGGUAUGGUCCGGCCGUCUGGUCGAAGCACGAGUCCCAGAGCAGGCGCAGCAAAGGGGUCAAAUGAAGGGCAAGCGGCCGGAGGAAACAGAGUCAAGCCAUCCCCGUUGA